UCAUUCUUCACAAUAAGCUCAAGUAGAAAACAUCUUGAAAAAAAAUAUUUAAAAACAUUUUCCACAUUUCUUCAAUUUUACAAGCCACAGAAUCAUGCCUGGAUUGGACAAACAGGAGAACUUAUCAGCGGCCGCCCUGGGCGGUGGUGGGGACAGGGUAAAGGAUAUCCUGAGUCCACAGCCGCAAGCCUUUGGAUCUGGCGCCUUCAUGCCCGGGCCUUUGCCGUUUGCCUCAUGCCGUAAGCCCCGCCCGGACCACAAUUCGUUGCCGGUACGUCAGUAUCUGGAUCAGACCGUGGCGCCCCUGCUGCUGCAUGGCUUGCAGGCCUUGGCACGCGAAAGACCUGCCGAUCCAAUUAGCUAUCUGGCGACUUAUUUGUUAAAGAAUAAGAAUCGCUGCGAUGAAAUAAAUGCGGAAACCAUUUAAAGAGGCUGAGGCCAAUACACUGAGAACACGAACAACAACAACAACAACAAUUAUUUUUACAAUGGGGAUGUAUUACAACACUCUGCUCACUGCUAUUCGCUGAUUUACACACACACAAACAUAUACAUAUGCACUAUCUUUAUAGCUGAUUUUCAAAUGUGUGUUUGCUUUCAAAUUUUUAUUAUUGGAAUAAAACUUGAUAUAUAUUUUGCUCAACUUAC